AUGCAAGGCCUCGCAGCAUCUUCCAAGCUGUCUCUGAGCGUAGUGGUCGUGCUGUUUCUUCUCGGCUUGGCGAGCGCCGCCGCCCAUGGUAGGAAAAGGAUCGUGUCAAGCAGCUCCGACGAGCCGUGCACAAAGAUGACGCUCUACUUGCACGACAUCCUCUACGACGUCGUCAACAACACGGCAAACGCGACGUCCGCGGAGGCGACCAAACCGACGGCGCUGAGCAAGAGUACCUUCUUCGGCGAGCUGGUGGUGUUCGACGAUCCCGUGACAGAAAGAAAUGCGCUACCCGUUGGGAAGGAGGUGCCGGCGGUGCGAGGGCAGGGGUUCUACUUCUACGACAAGAAAGACCAGAAAACGCGGGACAUCUCCGUUGUCGGCGGCACCGGCGACUUCUUCAUGACACGGGGCAUCGCCACCCUCCAGCUCGACGCAUACGAGGGAACAGCCUACUUCCGCCUCAAGAUGGACAUAAAGCUCUAUGAGUGCUAUGUCUGA